AGUCGUUUCCGAAUAUGCAAAUGGAAAAGACUGUACAAUUCAUCAUUAUUCAUACCACAUUACCCCGGUAUCACCCAGAAAACAUCCCACACAAACAACCCUUACGUAUAUAUAUGUAGAAGGAGAAACUUAACACUCUUCUUCUCCUCCGAAAAAAACCCUAUUCUAUUCUCGGGCUCAUUUACUAAUUUUGUCAAAUUCUGAAUCAACAGUGUCAAUGGAGAUAGAGCAACAACAAAUCCAAUUAAUACAAGAAUUAGUUUGCCUAGCAUCAUCCACUUCAACCGCCUCCUCUCUUACCACUUUCAUAACUGAAGCCACUUCUCAUCCCUCCCUUUUCUCUUUCUCUGAGAUUCUUUCUGUUCCUAAUUUCGUUCAGCUUGAAGGGACUGAGAAUUCUGGGUAUCUUCAUUUGCUUAGAUUGUUUGCUACUGGAACAUGGCGUGAUUACAAACGUAAUGCCUCCGCUCUUCCAAAGCUGGUACUUGAUCAAGUCCUCAAGCUGAAACAGCUUACUGUGCUCACUCUUGCUCAGGCAAACAAGGUUCUCUCCUAUGAUGUUCUUCUGGAGGAGCUUGAGGUUUCCAAUGUGCGUGAACUUGAAGACUUCCUGAUAAAUGAGUGCAUGUAUGCGGGCAUAGUCAAAGGAAAGUUGAAUCAAUUGCGGAGAUGUUUCGAGGUGCAAUUUGCAGCAGGGAGGGAUCUGAUACAGGGGCAACUUGGAAGUAUGAUAGAGGCCCUGAAUAAAUGGCAAGCCACUUCAGAAAAUAUGCUUUCCUUGAUUCAAGAGAAGAUUGAAUGGGCAAAUACAAUGUCUCUGCUGGACAGGAAUCAUCAGAAGGAAGUCCAAGAUACAAUCAAUGAAGUGAAAAGUUCUCUCCGUUCUGAGAAGUCACACCAUAAGGAGGGCCAUCAUUUUUUGGCAAAUGAUGAUUUCCUUGAUUAUGACGGAAGAGUGCUCAAUCAAGAGACUUAUUUUCGAUCUAAGAGGAGACGAUCACCAAAUUUUUCUAGGCUGGGCAGGGCAGAAUAGUUCAAUUGUGAUGAUAUCCUACUGGAUUUUGUUCAUGAAAUAUUAGAAUUAGAUGGUAUCCAACUUGAGUCGUAGGCUGUGAUUAUUCUAUCCAAUUGAAUUGAAUCAUGAAAUAUCAAUUCAGCGUUUUGCUAAUAUGGCUAGAAAUUUAUAGAAUUUACGAUUUACAAUAGUAAGCAUACUGCAACUUACUGAUGAUAUUACUCUUCUUUUAUGUGGUAAUGCAGCUUAAUUUUCUGAUAA